UUUCACCUGACACAUUUCCGGUUUGUUAACUCGAAAGACACGGGUGUGUUUUUAAUGCUCCGUUGUUGCGAACUGAAGUCUGAACGUCACUACAACUGUUCGCACCAUCUUUUGACACUCCGCCUUUGACUCCCGUCCUUACACGCUACACUUUAACAUUUAACAAUAGAAAAAAGAAAAAUACAACUAAACUAAGAGUAACACGAGACCAUUCGUUUACAAUUCUAAUCAUAAUUGGGUUUUUUUAAACUCACUUUUUAUGUCUCCCACGACAGCGACCGUUGUAACCAAUUAUGCAAAUGAAGCUUUUAUGUCAUUUUUUCUAGCAACUUUUUAUGACAGCCAAUAGCUAAUUUCUUGACAGAGCAACGAUGCAAUGUAGUGAUGUCACGUCCUGUCUCGUGUGCCUGGUUGCUGUGGCAACGAACGCUUCGUCGCGCUCAAAAUAGAAGCGCGCUUGUAUUGACGUAAAACAAUGGCGGACAUGUUCUCGUUAAAACGGUCGGUUUUGAUUUAUUUGGACAAAAGUGGCGGCCUUCAGAAACUAACAGAAGACUGCAAAUCGUUCAACGACCCCCAACAAAACGCAAUGGUGAUUUUCCGGUUCUGUGUCGGCGUUAAUCCCACUGACGUCAUAGAGGUGGACCCAGACCUGGGUGACCGUAUAUUACACCACCCACUGAAUGCAACAGCUUUGUUUCAAUCUGUGUGCUUCUUGGCCAUUAAGACACUUUCACUUAUUGAGAGUGUACAUACAGAGUGUCAGGUGAAUGUCAUUUUGAAGUUGACACACCUGCCUCCAUUUCCUGACUACAAGCUGGACCUUGCUGCGUUCCCGCGUACACACUGCUGCAUGAGGCCUAUGCUCAUGGAAGGUCUGGCCAUUGCAGUCACAAGGGUCACCAAAUACACACGGGGUGCCAGGUUCCUUUGCAGCAACGACGACUGUCACUUUUCUUCAGGGUUCCACCACAUCCGGGUUCAUGCACCUGGAGCCACAGAGUCAGCAACCGUGAGAAACGACUUCAGCUGCAUGGCUUGCAGCUCGCCUCUCAAAGAGGACAUCCAGUUCAGAGUUUUGGGAGACAAGCAGCUGGUGGAGUUGAUCCAUGUCGACGCUCUGAAGGUUCUCAGUGCGCAUCAACAAAGCCCGCUCAGAUACCAGUCAGUCACACUGUUUCUUAGAGAUGAGCUGUGUAACACGAUGAGAAUUGGUCAACUCUACCGGGUGAUCGGCAUACCUGCGCAUGUGCACCAGUGGCCCAAUAUUACCUGGAGCGUGGAGGUCAACAACGUUCAACCAUGGGAGCCUCAGUAUCCACAUGACAUCAAUGCCAAAUUCAAGCAGCUGCUGAAGGCCACAGGAGGAUCUCAUUGGCGGUUUGCUGCAGUCAUAGCACACUGCUUUGAUUUGAAUAUGACUCCUCCGGGCCUUUAUCACACGUUGAAGCUCAGCCUGUUGCUCAGCUUGGUGCAAACGAGAGGGGACGCCAAAAACACUUCACACUUGAAUCUUCUCGUCACUGCAGGCGACACCAUAAUAGUGGAAAGGUUAAUGAAGUACAGCUUGAACUUGUCGUGCCGUGGGGUGAGGCAUGAAGCCUCACGGGAGAUGUUUGCAUCCCUGUCCCACGACGAGCACGGAGCGGGCACUGCUAACAUCUACGCCGGUUCUGCCUUGCUUGCCAAUGGUGGGAUUUGCAUGCUUGGAGAUCUGAGCUCUUUUAGGAAGGACAAGCUGGAUGCAAUUGAGUCAGUCCUGGACAGUCGCACAGUGUCCGUGUUCAUCCCGGGGAAGAAAUAUGGCAAGGAUGCAGACCAGCACCUUACCUUCCCCAUCUCGUGCAGCUUCUGGGCCCUCGCCGACUCCACACAAAACUCCCGAAGGACAUACGAUGCUGUACUGGGAGCUGUGGAAAUGGGUCCAGUACCACCUCAACUGGCAGCUAGCUUUGGCCUCAUCGUGAAGUGUCAGGAUCCUGCAAAAGAGCAUGCUGUACUCUCUUUGACAGUCCACACCCUCCAGCAGGCUGUGCAGCCUGGAAAAUACCUCUACUCAUCCCUUGACUUUUCUACCCAGGAUUACAAGGAGCUGGUGGCCUAUGCACAAAGCCUGCAAGUGGAUCUGAGUCCUGCAGCACAGAAGCUGAUCCGCGGCUACUUCAUGGCCACCUGCAGAGUCCGAUCACAAAUCCACAGCAAUAAAAUGUCUGCAGCCUUCCUCAAAUUGCUGAUCUCUUUAGCAGAGGCCCACUGCAAAUUAAGCCUCAGAAGUGAAGUGCUGGAGGAAGACGCUGUGAUUGCGGUACUCCUUUAUGAAAACUCUGUCACUCUUAAGAACGAGGGGUCUGCCCUUGUUAUUCCGCCCGAUGCUUUGUUUCCCCCUGAUCUGGGAGAGGAUGGCUUGCUCAGGAGAGACAGAGCCCUGGAUGAACUCCACCAGAACAUCCUCCGCUUCAUCUACACCUACGCACUAGGAGCAGAUGAGUACAUCACGGAGGAGUAAAAGGAUAAAAACCCCUCUGUACAGUUUUUCCAACAAGUAAGCAACAGCCACAAAAUGAUUCUACUUAAGGGAUAGAUUUUGUAAAUGUUUUAUUCGUCUGGAAAGCAGUCCAAAUAGCAGCUUUAAACAGGUCCAACUGUGCUGUAACAGAAAUCACCGAGGUCAGUUUCAUGACAAAAACAUUACAUUCUUUUAGAAACUAAAUACACUUACUGCUUA